CGUUGCCUUGAUUAGUUAGAUGCAAAUCACCAACAGUGCGAAGCCUUGUUGCUAGCUAUACAUUUUGAAGACAUAGGCGUAGCCGAUUUAAUAGUAAAGGUAGAUUCUAAUACUCUGUUUAGGUCAACAUAUGUCUAGUUGUGCGUAUGUACUGAAUGGAAACUGUCACAUUCUACCAUAUUCACUGUUACUGCCAGCUUAUUUGUUUGUAAUAAAAAAUUGGGAGAAAAAUUCUUUUAACUUAUGGUCUUUCCCAUUUUUCAGCCUUAACAAUGGAUACAAAAGCGGCGUUUCCCCAGAAUCCAAAAGAUCCAUUCUGUCAACCUGCAGCAGCAGAGGCUACGAUUUCAACCUCUUGGUGGCCAUCGCAGAAUCAGCAAGACGGCAUCGCUCCUAGAUGGAAACUGUUGACAUCGGAAGAAAAACAAGAACAAGCCAAAGUUAUCAAUAGAUUAGAAUCAAAGCUGAAAAGAAUACAAAAACAGAAAGACAACGUGUAUAAAUAUAAUCCUAUCCCAGCAAUGGUAGACGGAACUGCGCUCACAAGUGAGGAUGAGGAUGAUCGAGGUGCAGACGAGACAGCAAGUUGGCACUCUGUUGGGGAAAUCCAAGAAGAACAGGAAGGCUUGCCCCUUUUAUGGAAAGACAAGUCAAUGUCGUUCGAAAACGCACCACGCAAAGCAGAGAAGAACUUCAUUCCAGCUUUGCUCCAAUGGUUCUAUUGCUAUUGUUGUUAUAGUCAGCCGUAACAGUAAAAUAACUAUACAAUAUACCCCUAAAAACCCACUUCCCAUUCGAUUACCUCGUUUUCAUCUUGCAAAACUAUGUCCUUCACUUGCAAUCAGCCCAAAAUCUACCGAGCAUUAUGACUAGGAGAUCAGCUGCAUCAAUUAUGCCUCUGCAAGCAAGAACGGAGCAUAUUUUUG